AAUGGCGUUUAUCUCAUGAACGUAACUCUAACAGAAGCUAAAGGGUCGGUAAAAUGAAAAGUUAUUGGUCGAUUCGACUGAAAUUUGGUGUGAGGUCGUGGCUAGUCCCCAUUAACACCCCCUGAACAUUUCACGGUUCUGCGACCAGAACGAUAAUGAACUGUGCAAAGUGCAGGAAAGUGCAAUAUCGUUGACAAACGCAUAGCUAUCAAAUAACAACCUUGAUUAUUGAUAACCCAGAUAUAUGCGUGAAGUAAUAAAUUUACGAUGAGUGUGUCCCAUAAUAUAGUGAGUCAGCGAGGUGAUGACCCAAUAUAUAAUCCAUCUAUUCUUGAUAGGGUUGACUUCACCAAACAUAAAGCAUCGUUUAAUCCACCGAUCACACCAUCAAAUAUUUGUAAAGAUAUGGUUAUGAGACCUUUAUGUCUUGAAGAUUAUGAUAGGGGUUACAUGGAAUUAUUGGAUGAACAUGUUCCUGGUCCUAAAAUUUCAAAACAACAAUUUACAGAGAGAUUUAUAAAGAUGAAAUCUGCCGGUGAUAUUCACUUUGUUACAGUUAUAGAAGAUUUAAAUACUAAUAAAACUAUUGCCAGUGCAACAUUAGUUAACGAGCUCAAGUUUCUCUUUGGGGGAACUUCGAGGGGAAGAAUAGAAGAUGUCGUGGUUAGUAAACCUUACAGAGGUCGACAAUUUGCCAAAAUACUGGUAGAAACUUUGACCUUACUGGCUGCUGAACUUGGGUGUUAUGAAGCAUCGUUGGAGACUGACGAGGAUAAAGUUCCUUUAUACUCAAAAUUCGGAUAUACAAUUUCAUCAAGUGAUUUUUAUAUGACUCAAAGGUUUAUUGACCAUUGGUAAAAUCAGAUACAUUUUGUUUGUAAAAUGUAUCUAUUGUUAAUUGAUGUUUUAUAAAAUGCAUAUGUUAAUAUGUUCAUUUGUUUAUAUCUAGUUAUACCUACCUUCGUAAGACAUUUUGUUUAUAUAUUUGCAUUCUACUUUAUCUUUUUUGUGUUGGGCCGCGCUGGCUCGCUAGCCCGGAGGUCGCGUGUUCGAUCCCUGCAAAGGCCGAUAAAAUUCAUCGGGAUUUUCCGUUGGAAUUCGAUAUAAGAGUUGGCCAUAGUGCAAACUUUCCUCAUAGCACACUAUAUGGCGUAUGCCCGUCUUCAUUAGACCAGUAGGAGCAGAACAGUUACAACAGUAGGACGUUAAACCCCGUUUCAUUUCAUUUCAUGUUGGGCCGCCAACUUGGUGUUCUCAGUUUAAGAUAUAUCUUAAUUGUUCAUACACUGAAAAUGUAUCGCCAUAUAACUCUGAAGAACUAUUCUUUUUCGUCGUUUUGAAAGACAGGAAUGUGGAGCCACAGUGGCUCAGUGAGUAGGGCGAUGGUUUGGUUCGAUCCCGGUGUUAGCUGAGAAAGUUCAUCUGGAUUUUCUGGCGUAGUUCCCCAUUGUCAGUGGUGUUGGACGCAGGGCCCGAGAAGGGACAAUGUAUAUUCGUUUGGAUCUGACGAAAAACCGAGGUACCGUAUACACAUUGGCGUGCACGUAAAAGAACCUUUGACAGCCGGAAUUCGAUAUAAGAGUAGGCUCAUAUCAAACUGGAUGACGUAUGCUCGUCUUCAUUUGCCAAAUCGGUGUAGGACGUUAAACCCAGAAUGGACCCGAAGCGCUAACAAGGAUGGGGGAUAACUCCAGUGUGAUAGAAAACUAAGUCUUUCGCUCUAAUCUAAAUAAAAUCUCUUACAUUUAUUUGAUUAUUUAAGUAAUAUAAAUCUAAUUUUCUGAAACUUACAUUUAGAUCAAAAUAACUGAUAAAUAAA